UCUCCAUCUCAUCAACAUGUCGCGACAUCUCCUCUCCACACACACGGCUCAGCUGAUGACCGGGACAAGCACUCAUCAGAACAGAGGACAGUCAGCCUUUUGAUUGAUUCUCUCUCACACACACAGACACACACGUUAACAUAAACACAAACACAACAAAUCCUAUCAGGAAAGCUAUUGGAAGCGACAAGGAAGAACAAGAAGACAUCAUCUGGAUGCGUUUUUUCUCUCCUGUUGCUGCGGAUUUCUUUAAGCUUCCUGAUCAGAUCCAUCCUGGCUGCGGCCUCUAGCCUCAUGGGGGACCCGGAGCUCUGGAUUGGAAUGGUCACUACUCAGCAGAACCGGGUCGACGGGAAAGUGUCAGAUCGCCACUGACCGUCGAGGACUGGAGGAAGGUCUCCCAGCAGCGCGCGAAGUAGAUGGUCGUUUCGGCUGUGCGCUUUUACGCACAGACGGUGGACGGUGACCGGACCUGAGUGUGCCUCUGAGAGCAUCAUGAGUGGAAAUAUAGAGGGGGAUUUCCUCUCGCUGCCUAGGGAGUAAGGAGGGGAGAGGAAGAGUAAGAGGAUUGAUAAGAAGAAUCAAGACCAAAGGAGAAGUCAGAGGAGGAAGACAGAAGAAGUAGAGAAGGAAGCACCAAACUUUCUGUCUACCUCACACUGAGACCCUGGUCAAGUCAAAGCACCUGACCAUGAAGUUGUGAAUCCCCUGUUCUUCUGCAGAACUCUUCUUCAUCACCUGUCCCCAUGUCUUUGAAAGCAGGACCCUCCACUCGAUGGAUGCUGCUGUGCCCGUUGCUCUGUGCUGUGGUCCUGGUGAAAGGAUCCACUCGGAGCCCUCAGGACCUGCAGAGCAUCGCAGCCACGUCGCUGCUGCAGGACUCGACACCCGGCACCACAAUACAGCUACAGCCGGACCUGCAGACCGUAGCCCAGGUGCCCACAGAGGCGCCUGCAGAAGUACAGACAGAGGUGCAGACAGAAGCACUGACAGGAGCACAGUCUGAAAACAAGACAGAUAAACCAGUUCAGAAAACUACGAGCAACUACACAGGUCUGUCCUGCACCCCUGUCCUGCCACCUCGCCGGGGGUCCUUCUACGUAGAGAGCGGCACUGGCGUGUCAGUAGGUAGCUUGUUGACCUUCUGGUGCAGAGACGGAUACCAGCUGGUCGGCAGCGACAAAAUACAAUGCAUUGUCAAGAAAGGCAAAGCACAGUGGAGCAACUACCUGCCCGUCUGUGAAGCUAUCCCUAGACCUGAGGACCGUGGUCUGAGAGUAGCCGUGUUGGCUUCGGUAGUGAGUGGCAUUGUCAUUCUUGCCAUGUCUCUGUCCUUCCUCAUCUGCUGCCUGCAGGAACGAUCUGGACGGGAGCGAGCAAAAAAGGAGGGACGGAGCAGGCGCAGAGAUAAACGUGCGACCCGACGCAGUGAGUGUUGGCUGGAGAGAGAGGAGGGUGAGUGGGAGUCUUUCCCUCCUCCAAAGAUCUUCCAUCUGUCUCAGAGGAUGAACCCACGUCUGGCUCCAGACAGCCCGCUUUACCUGACUGCAGGACUCAGUGGAUACGAGAACAGAGGAUACCAGAGGAGCCAGGAGAGUUUGCUGAAGGCCUCCAUGCCCGGACUCUACCGCUCAGAAUCUCAGCUUUACCCGCACGUCGUCCUGCAGAGAGUCCCAACUCCUACAGCGCCCUCUGCCCCCUCUGCUCCGACUGCACCCUACUAUAUGCACGUCCCUUCAUCCGCCUCUGCUGCCUCCACACCAGCCCACACGGUCGCCCACAACCCGCAUCACAUGAUGGGGCAGUACCCCACCCCGACAUAUCCGCCCAACCCCAAUACAGCUGUGCCCACAUACCCGCACCCGACACCAGCGCCUAUCUACCCCAACCCGAUCCCCACACCGCAGCGCCCAUGGCAGUAGCUACACCUACCAGCUUCCAUUUGUACAAGGAACUGCGCUGCUCCUGCUGCGGACAUGGAAAGAACAGGAACAGGAAGUGAACGGUGUCACAGGCAUGAUUUUGAGGUGUAUGAAGUCUCUUCAGAUCAAUGCGGACACAAGAAGAAAGUGUAGAAACGGAGAUGCAGCCUGAGUAGAAGCUCCCCCGUUUUACUGCAUGCUUGCUGGACUUUUCCUGGAUUUUGAUGCAACAAGUACUGAAAACUCUAGACCUUUCCCUGCAGGAGGAAGCCUUUUGCGGAAGUCUUGCUUUAUCUUAGCCUUCAGAAAUUACAAGAAAGGUCCAAGUAGCCAGUCGACAAGGGAACACAGAAAGUUUGACUUGAAAGUGUGACGUUUAUGGAAGAAUAAACUCAAAGAUACAGGACUUUAAUGCUGCCAGUGUUGGAGCAGCUCUACAACUCAGAAGUGAUAAUUUACUAAACAGCUAAUAAUAUUCCUAUCAGCUUUCCAAAGGUGGACAAAAUCUAUUCUAGACAGAUGUAUAUAGAUAUAUUUUUUCCUUUUUUGCUAAAGACUUAACGUACUGUUCCAAAUCUCACAAAUCUGCUGUGUAGUGAAAGGUUGCUGGUCACUUUAGAGUGCUUGUAAACUUUGUAAAGCAGACCAAUGAUACUGAAUUGAUGGGUAGGAAAACACUGUGAUUUAAAUGCCACUGUUGCUGCAACCACUGAAAACAUUGGCUUUUGUGCUCUGAGUGGAUUUGAAGAUAGUAUCAUUUAAGAUUUCUUCACUUGAUGCUAAUUUGUUUCUCCGUUUUAACUGCUGUUACUCAUCCUGUAACAUGUUUUUGACUGAAGCUUGUUUGUUGGUCAGCAGUUCGACUGGUAAAGAUGUUGACAUAGAAUAUAAAUGACUUAGAAACUGGCGGGAGGUCGGACUCAGUCGGAUAAUAUUUGGAGAAAUGUUUAAUGCAUUGAUGCAUUUGAGUGGUUUGAGCUCUGUGGAGAUUUAGAUGCAAAAUAGAUUCUCCAUUUAUAAAGAAGCUCUUGUUUGAUGUAACUAAGGCUGUCAGGAGUUACUGUGAGGCCGCUGUUUGUCUUUAAUGCACUUGAAUCUGCACAGAAACGCACUGAUAGGUAAAGACUGAGAAGCUUUUGAACCAUGUAUUCACUUAAAGUCUCUAAACCUCUGCUGCAGUUUUGCACCUUCACAGAAGACGUUGCUCCUAAGUUCAUCGUUUCUUAUGAAGUGAUCUAAAACCUUUGUUUUCUCCUUCUCAGAUCAUGCAUCAUAAACUGUCUCCAUGACCUAUCUUCCUGUUCAGGCUUUAGUUCACACUCCAGCUGUGUGAAGAUGUCUUUAUUCUGAAUAGAAGGACUCGAGUAGACACACUAACAAAUCUGCACUUUACAUUUUUUGAAAAGAGGGAGGGGGGUGUUAUAGCUGGGGCUGGACAGUCCUGAAUCUUUCUCUUAUUGUAAACUGUUGUAAAAUAUUGAUAAGACUGCCAUUAAAACUGAAUAAAGAAACUUUUGUUUAGUU